AGAUACUGGCGACAGGCCUUUCCAUUGUGAGCAGUGCAACAGAUCUUUCGCUCGGCUCGACACACUGUCAAGGCACAGAAGGACACAUCGAAGACGAGCGUUCGAUGAGCCUGGUUACCUAUCUAUGUCCAUGGCACCCUCGAACCUGGACGAUAACGGUCAUAACAAUGUCGAUUGGUCUCAUGUUCAGACAUCCGAACAGUCGCAUAUUCAGCCGCUGCCAUUUACUCAGCUAGAUUCUUUUGAGAACGAUAACAGUGAGCUUCCUAAUUUCUCUCCCUUUGGCAGUACUGGCACCGAAGACUUUCUCCAGUAUAUAUUCCCCAGUCCACAAGACGCCAUGAUGCCAUUGUCCCCGAGUCAGAACCUUUCGGGCAUUGCGACUGAAGCCAAUCCUCCUCAGGACGUGGCAGAUCUCGACAAGGGACCAAGCCAGGCUGCUGAUCCAAGUCCGCCCGCUUUGUUGCAACUCAAUGCCAUGUUACAUGAAAAUUCCGCCAGGUACAAGCAAAGAAUUCGAGAAAAGGGCAUCAACUCGGUCUUCUUUGAUGCUUGUAUUUCACUUUUCUUUUCACAAUUCAACCCUACCUUCCCCAUUAUGCACGAGGCGACAUGGAAGUUGAAGAGCACUGGUCCAUUUCUCCUACUCAAUAUGGUGGCCAUCGGGUCUCUCUUCCUCGGAAACAGCGAUGCAAUUUCUAAAGGUGAACUGCUGUGGGAAAUAGCGCAGGCAGCCGCAUCCACGCAGUGGAAUUACAGUUACGAACUCACUCUUCGGCAUGUCGCUGGUGACUAUCCCAACACACAGAUUGUCGGCUGUGCUCUGCUCGGCCAAGUCUAUGCCAUGAUGUCAAAGUCCGCUAAGCUGAGACAUAUGGCCCAAACACUUCAUGGUUGGGCACUCAGCUGGGCGCGAACUCUCGGCAUGUUUGACCUGACACUCCGUGGCCUGGAAGGCCUUCCCGAUCGGGCCCAAACUACGCAAGCGAAGCACGCUGCGUGGCAACAAUGGGCCGAUGUCGAAAUGCAACGCAGGAUCGUAUGCGGUCUUUUCGUCGUUGAUGCUCAAUUGGCGAGAUAUGCAAGGGGAGUGCCUCUCGGGAGGCACGUUUCGAACCCCUUACACUGCAUUGCCAGUGAUGCUAUCUUCACCGCCAGUACCCCAGAAGCGUGGAUAUCUCAGAUGGAGGAAGCUCUGGAGGAUACCCCUACCUUUCGAGAGAUAUUUCUGACCCUUUUCCGAACCCGCUCUGCUUGUACAUUACCUCAACUAUCUCCAUUCUCAACCCUCGUUUUGCUCGAGGGCUUUCAAGCCCUAAUCUCCGAAAGUAAUGCCGCUGGAGCCGGUACGGUAGGCACACCCUCCCAACUUGAAAUUAUCGACGCACUGGGCCAUAUACAACAGUCGUGUCUUGCUCGGCUUGGGGACACCAUCGAUGCUGUGGAGUUGCGCAUUCGAUGGCAUACCCUAUGCAUAGAUGCGAUUACCGACAGUGUACAGCUCUUCAGGAAUAUCUGCAAUACGUCUCAAAAAAUCUUCUGUAUCGGCCAAGGCUUGCCUGGAACCCGUAGCGACAUCAAAUCCUGGACGCGAUCGGCGGAAGCUCGAGCUGCAUUGCUCCAUGCCAACACCAUUCAGCAUCUUGCCCAACGUCUUCAUCUUGGUCGAGCUCAUGCACUGAGCAUGCCAGCUGCAGUAUUUGCUUCGGCCACAAUAUACUACGCAUUCUUCGGCUUAGGAGAUCACGAAAUUCGCAUUCCGGCGCGCUAUGAAUGUAAGGACGUGCAUGCGUACAUGUUUUCCAAAGCCCGUGCUUUAGAUACGCAGGCCGCUCAGAAGAGCUCGACAUUACAUGACUACCUGCUGGGUCGACCUGUGAAAUCUGACUAUAGGACGGUAAAUUUACGUCAAGGGCUCUAUCAAUGCCAGAUAAUUCUACGCACCAUGGCAUCGCAAUGGGGAAUUGCUAAAGAUAUGUUGGAUAUUCUGGUAUCAUGGACAAGCACAACACGAACAUCAGAUAUUGAAUGA